AUGCUUUGUUCCUUAAGAAACAGAUCAAACGUUGUUAAACAAUUACCUUUAAUCAGAAAAGGAAUUAUUACCAAAAUUAGCACGAAGUCUCCACGGAAAAAGCAAAUCGUCGUAACUCCUGGUUCGUUAUGGAGAAAUAAACAAUUAGAAUAUUUCAGAAUAAAGAUAAAUGAAAUAAAAGAUUUCGAAAGUUUUUUUCAAGAAAGUCCUCCUAAGAUUGAAAGUUUAUCUGAAGAAGUAAAAGAGGCAUUAUCUAUAGAUCUAUCUAAAUUAGACAUUUUAUAUAAUAUAGAUUGGGGAAAGAUAAAACAUAAACAGGUUUCCAGAGUCGUAAAAUCUUUACUGGCCAUGACAAAGACUCAUAGAAAUGUUGAAACCACAGUAGAUGGUCUUGCAAAAGAACUACUUGAACUUUUUAAUUACGAUGAAGGAGAUCUGCAGAUACAAUGUCGUGAAGAAAUGAAACUAGAAAUGUGUGGUUCAACAACGAGCGCAAAACCUGAUGUGUGUAUUGAAACAUCUCAUCUCAUGAUAAAACUAUUAAUUCAGGAAGACAAGAAUUACCAAGUUUCGAAUCUAAAUACCGUUGCUGAAUCACAAAUCAUAGCUGAAGCAAUAGGUGCAUUUCAGGAAAAUAGCAAAAUUGGACAACCUUUAGAAUCGCAGUUGUUGCCUUGUAUAACAAUGCUCGGAACCUGUCCCACAUUCUAUUUAAUUGGAAUAAAUAAGGAGCUAGCAGAAUGUGUAAGAAUUGGAGACCGUCCCAAGGAAAAGACUAUUGUUAAAAAAUAUGCUAUUUCAGCACCGAUCAUUCCAAUGGGAGAUGUGAUGUUGUUACAAAAUCAUAGAUAUCAUAUAUUUCAAUGUUAUGAAGCGUUUAGAAAGUUCGUGGCAAGUGAAGAAGCAAAACUUCGAGUCUCUGACUCAUCUGCUACAACUCCUAUUCCUUCGACUUAUAUAUUAUCUAAUUCUUCAGGUCCAGAAAAUUUGCCGAAAACUCGGGUAAGUGCAUCAAACAAAACCCAAUUCCUAGGACUAAUCCAAAAUAAAAUGGAAUGCCUUUAUCAAUAUACCAUUGAACAUGGUGAGGAUCCUGAACAAUUUUCGGUUAUUACCGAGGCUGAGAAACAAAGAUGGGCUGUAAACUGUUUCCGUAAUGAGUUGGAAAGAGAUAUGCGUUUCUAUCGAAAUGCGGGUUUAAUUGGUGAAGAGUUACUGUGUCGUGAUAUACUAAAAAGUUGUUUAAGUACUGCAUGGAAAAUGUAUACUAAUAAG